UGCUUAGCUUAUGAUUCCAAAAUUGGGCAUAUAUAUCAAACAUAUAUUUAGCAUUGGGAGAGCAAAGAGGCUUAUCAAACAUGUCUCGCUCUCUAUAAUAAUACCAUAUAGCAUCUCUCUCUCUCUCAAACUAUAUUAUCGGCUUCAUUUAAGUUGGAUCUGAAAGAAGUGAAGAUUGAUCGAUGUUAGCUCUCUCUCCGGAAAGGAACUCCACAAGAGAUGAUGGAGAGUCAGAGUUCCUUGCAACGUCGUGUGGAUUCAGCAUCAACCCCGAGGAGGACUUCCCGGAGUUCGCUAUCCACGGAGAUCUUCUCGACAUCAUCGACUUCGAUGAUCUGUUCGGCGUCGCCGGAGAUGUGCUUCCUGACUUGGAGAUGGACCCUGAGAUCCUAGGCGGAGAUUUAUCCGUUCACGUGAACGCUUCGUCGACGAUUACUACUACAACGUCGUCGUCGGAGAAGACUGAGAGUCAAGGGAAGGCUAAUAACAAAAAGGGUAUUUCGGGAAAAGGUGAAGAAGUCGUCAGCAAAAGAGAUCAUAACGAGACUCCUUUGGCGGAGACGGUGGUGAACUAUGACGGUGACAGUGGCCGUAAAAGGAAACACUCCUCAACUGGCUCUACCAAGAGCAAUCCAAUCAGUAACAACGAAGGGAAGCGAAAGGUGAAGGUGGAUUGGACACCAGAGCUACACAGGAGAUUUGUGGAGGCAGUGGAAAAGUUGGGACUGGAGAAAGCUGUUCCUUCUCGUAUUCUGGAGCUUAUGGGUGUCCACUGCCUCACUCGUCACAACGUCGCUAGCCACCUCCAAAAGUAUAGGUCUCAUCGGAAACAUUUGGUAGCUCGUGAGGCCGAAGCGGCUAAUUGGACACGCAAACGCCAUAUCUACGGGUUAGACAGCACCGGAGCUAAUGCUAAUGGUCGGAAUAGAAACGGAUGGCUCGCACCGGCACCCACUCUCGGGUAUCCGCCUCCGCCGCCCGCAGCUGUGGCGUCGCCAUCUGUCCACCAUCAUCAUUUUAGACCGUUGCAUGUGUGGGGACAUCCCACGGUUGACCAGUCUGUCAUGCCGCACGUGUGGCCCAAACACUUGUCUCCUCCGUCCACUGCCAUGGCUACUCCACCGUUUUGGGUCUCGGAUACUCCCUACUGGCCUAGAAGUCAUAACGGGACGACUCCGUAUUUGCCGACCGUAGCUACGAGGUUUACGACACCGCCUGUUGCUGGAAUCCCACAGGCUCUGCCGUCACAUCACAUGGUAUACAACUACAAACCAGAUCAUGGUUUUGGUGGUCCUCGUUCUCUGGUGGACUUACAUCCGUCAAAAGAGAGCGUAGAUGCAGCCAUAGGAGAUGUACUGACGAGGCCAUGGCUGCCACUUCCGUUGGGGUUGAAGCCACCAGCUGUUGACGGCGUUAUAACGGAGCUUCACCGUCACGGUAUCUCCGAUGUUCCUCCAGCCGCGUCUUGUGCCUGAACCAGCCAAGCACCGGAGGCAAGCUGAACCAAAAAAAUUCGACGACAUGUCUUUCGAUUUUGUAUCUUUUUUUUUUCAAGGGUUGUUUUUGUUAUAGCCCUUGUUGAGUGUAGAGAUCUGUGUCUUUCUUGACCGUCCCAUAUAACUAAUAAGGAGAUAUUUUGACA